AUCACAUUUCGGAAUGAACAAGAUUUUUCGCAAGGUGCGCGAACUCGAGACAUCGGAGCGCGGUAUAAUUUAAUACGUCGCUCGCACCCCUAAUUUGCACCGAUUGGCCGGUGAUUGAAUUGGCUUGUGUCAUCAAUUGCGAUUAAUUGUAACGUGGCUCGAACGAGACGCGAUGAUAGUGCCCUUCGCCGCCUGCGCAUUUUCCCGCGUUAAUUUCUACAUAAAAUAGAUAAUUUCGACCGUAAAAGCUGAAUAAAGACAAGUCUGCUCAAAGUCACGAGUCUCUUUCGCGCAAAAAUUCUUCCGGCAGGGUUGAGGCAGCUGUCGCAAUUCCGACGAAGAGAGGCAGAUCGUUGUUCACGCACGAGGAGUCACCGAGUGCCCUCGUAUCGGACGUUUCUCGACGUCCUCAUGAUCGACGACUAGAAGCGGCGUCGGUUUCGCAACCGCUUAAGUAUUCACGUCCCGAAGAAACGCCGCUCGCGACGCGGCCUUAACGAAGAUAAGGCCCGCCGGCCGAGACUGCCCUCGAAUUUCGACGGCUGAAUUCGCGCAGCGGCACCCUCUCCUCGGAGCCCCCGUUGGAACGCGGCCAAUCGCGAAAUGGAACGCCGUAUAUUUUGAGAAAAAUGGCUAAAGUCACGAGUGAAAACGAGAAGAAAAAUUCGCGUGGUCGGUGGCAAAAAUCCGAGUGGACGCUUCGAGUUGAGCUUUGACGUUUCUCUCGACACACACACACACACACACACGAGUAUUCCCGGCUCACGUGUGUGAUUUAUACUCGGCCUUCGUGAUGGAUGCCCCUUCGGCGACCCUCAUAGGCGAUUCCGCGCGCCUGGUUCCUCUCAGAAAUAAUCCUCCUUCUCUCUCUCUCUCUCUCUCUCUCUCGGCAGAAGGACGCGUCUGGCUACCAAUAGGCUACAAAUUCGCGAUAGAUCAUCGGCGUGUCGUUAUUUAAUGUCUCACGACCAGUGCAAAUUUCAUAACGCGUCGCUCGACUCGACGUAAAUUGAUAAAAAAGAAUGUAAUAAAAAAAAUAAAACAACGACGUGAGGCAACCGAGAGGCAAGAACGUCAUCGAGCUACGUAAGAAGAAUCGCCAAACGAGGCGAGGCAGCCCUCGCCGGCUGAGCUUCCGAGAGAAAGAGGCAAGUAGAAAUUACCAAAUGAGCACAUCAUCGGGCCAUCACAGAGCGGCCCGGCAUUUGCAUCGGGCCUUCGCGAGGAUGAUGCGAACGUCUGACGAUGGUCAUUGGCAGACCAAACGUGAUGAACUUACUGAUUCCGACGUACCGAGAAUCGGCCAUUCAUACAAUAUUCAAGAUCCUUACGGGCACUUCGCUAUAUAACACCCUCCUGCGGAGCGAGUUCAUCAGUCCUCUCAAGAUCCCCGAACGCGGAGCUCCAAUAAAACGUCAAAUUUGCCGAGGGAACGAACCGCGGCCCGAGACCUGAGAGAGAGAGAGAGAGAGACCACCGGCGAUCUCAGCCAAAGACGAAAGAAACCUCGGUCGUUCGCGAAGCACCCAGUUUCGUUUCGGGAACAUGGCGCGAGACAAGCUCCUCGUCCUGCUGCUCGUCGGCUUCGUCGCGCUGGCUCUGAGCUUGCCCCAACAGUCGAAGCCCAAGAGACCCACUCCGGUAUUCAGCAAGUCGAAAACCGGCGGUCUGCUGCUGCCCGACAACGCGACGCUGAUCCGCGAGAACAUCGCCGACACGUUCUCGUGCCAGGACAGAAUUUAUGGAUAUUACGCCGACAUGGAGAACGAGUGUCAGGUGUUCCACGUGUGCCUGCCGCAGGCGAGGGACGCGAUUCGCUGGAGCUUCAUCUGCCCCGCCGAGACGGUUUUCAAUCAGGCGACAUUCGUGUGCACCCGAACGGAGAGCUCGAUACCGUGCGAAGAAUCGGAAAAGUACUACGCGUUAAACGAAGAGAUUGGGAAGGAAAUAGAGGAGGAGGAGGAGGCGGACCAAGAACGAGGGAAGGAGAGCGUCACGAAAGCUCCCGCAGCCGAGGCCCAGAGUCCGCUGACGAAGAAGCCGCCGACGAGGAGCUCGAGACUGUUGAAUCGGGAGAGAUCGUUCCGGCACUACUGA